CACAUACCCAGACACAGACGCGGUGGGGAGGGGGAGGGGGAGAUGGCACAGAAAAAGAAGAGUAACUACAAACGCAGGAAACAGCGCCGGAGCCACGACCAUGAGAUGGACCUGGAGAGCGACGGAGGAGAGUUCGAUUUGGCCCCUUUCAUUGAGAAGGGUGAUGCUGCCAGUGAGGACAGUGAGGUGGACACCACCAAACCACUACUAAGCUUCCCAUCAGCUGAAUGCCCGUCGGACAUGGAACUGGACACAAGGGAAAUGGUGCGGCAGCAAAACAAGAAGAAGAAAAAAUCUGGAGGCUUUCAGUCCAUGGGUUUAAGUUUUCCUGUAUUCAAAGGCGUGAUGAAGAAAGGAUACAAAAUACCAACACCGAUUCAAAGAAAGACAAUCCCAAUCAUACUGGAUGGCAAGGAUGUUGUUGCUAUGGCUAGGACAGGCAGUGGUAAAACUGCAGCCUUCCUCGUCCCAAUGUUCGAGCGGUUAAAAGUCCACAGUGCCCAGACUGGAGCAAGAGCUUUGGUCCUGACUCCAACGAGAGAGCUGGCGUUACAGACCAUGAAGUUCACAAAAGAGCUUGGAAAAUUUGCUGGGCUCAAAACAGCGUUAAUCUUGGGUGGAGACAAAAUGGAGGAUCAGUUUUCAGCGCUGCAUGAAAACCCUGAUAUAAUAAUUGCCACACCAGGUCGAUUGAUGCACGUGGUUGUGGAGAUGAACCUCAAGCUACGCAGUAUGGAAUAUGUGGUGUUUGAUGAAGCAGACAGAUUGUUUGAAAUGGGAUUUGCGGAACAACUACAAGAGAUUAUUCGAAGGUUGCCAGACUCCAGACAGACUCUGCUCUUUUCAGCCACCCUACCCAAACAGCUGGUGGAGUUUGCAAGUGCCGGUUUGACCGAACCAGUUCUAAUUCGGCUGGAUGUAGACAGUAAGCUGAGCGAAAAUCUAAAGUUGGCCUUUUUUAACGUGAGGGCAGAUGAUAAGCCAGCUGUGCUGCUUCACCUGUUAAGAAAUGUGAUCAAACCUCAGGAACAGACUGUCAUCUUUGCUGCUACCAAACAUCACGUUGAAUACCUAAAAGAGUUGCUCACCAAAGAGGGUAUCGACUGUACACAUAGCUACAGCGCCUUAGACCAAACCGCCAGAAAAAUCAACAUCGGGAAAUUCAUCCACAGAAAGUGUAUGGUGAUGAUCGUGACGGAUGUGGCAGCUCGUGGAAUUGACAUCCCCAUGUUGGAUAAUGUCAUCAAUUACAACUUCCCACCCAAAGCCAAGCUUUUUCUGCAUCGAGUUGGGCGAGUGGCCAGAGCUGGCAAAAGUGGCACGGCUUACUCAAUGGUUGCCCUGGAUGAAGUUGCAUAUGUCUACGAUUUACAUCUGUUCCUUGGUCGGCCCUUAAAACUUGCCAAAUCAGAUACCAUUGCAAUGGACACAGAUGGAGUAUAUGGCAGAGUUCCCCAGAGUAUUAUAGAUGAUGAAGAAUCGUUACUCAUCAGUGAUCACAACUCCUCACUGGAUCUUCAGAAUCUAAAGAGAGUGUCGGAGAAUGCCUACAAACAGUAUUUGAAGUCAAGGCCUGACCCUUCUCAAGAGUCAAUAAAGAGAGUUAAAGAAAUGGACUUCUCUACAUUAGGCAUUCAUCCAUUAUAUGGUUCGAACCUAGAAGACACAGAACUCCAAAGACUAAAGGUUAUUGACAGCAUUAAAAACUACAAAACCAGAUCUACUAUUUUCGAAAUCAAUUCUACCAGCAAAACCACAGCGAGUGAAAUUAUGAGAGCUACACGGGACAAGCAGAGGCUGGUUAUAAAGAAGUUUCAAAAAGUGAAGCAAGAAAAACAAGCGGGUCAUUCAAUGAGCACAUCAAGCCAAACGGAAACCAAUGUCCUCGCUAAGCAGGAAUCUGACGAAGACAACAUUGAGGCUGUGUUCUCCGAAGUCGUGGGGAGAAAAAGGAAAAAGCAAUCCAAUGAUCAGCCUCUUAAACAGAGGAAGAAAGGAAAAGAUGAGGAAUUUUACAUUCCUUAUCGGCCAAAGGACUUCAACUCAGAGAGAGGGCUAAGUCUAGGCGCAGAGGGAAGCACCUUUGAACAGCAGGCCUCUGGUGCUGUGCUGGACUUGGUGGGUGAUGAAACUAAAAAUAUGAUGCAGAACAAACAGAUAAUGAAAUGGGACCGUAAGAAAAAACGAUUUGUCAGAGAAACUGGCAAAGAGGUAAAGAAAAUAAGAAUUGAAAGUGGAAGAUACAUUAAUGCUACAUACAAGAAAAACAUCUAUGAGGAAUGGAAGAAAAAAUACAAGAUUGACGAUAGAAUGUCUGAUGAUGAGAAUGAAUAUGAGCAACGGGGCCCCAAGCACAGGAAAGGUGCGAGAGGUGGAAGACGCCAGCCUGGCUCUUUCCCAGGAAAGCAAGGGCCACAACGUAACGUGCGCACCGAGCUCAAGAGCAAAGUCGACAUCCUGCGAGAGAGGAAGAAGAAAUCAAAGACUCUGUUCCUGCAACGGGGAGGGAUGAAGAAAAUCAAAGGCAUGAACAGACAGCGCGUGAGGGAAAUGAAGAGCAUGGCCUUCGGACGAGGCAAAGACAAAAGGGGGAAAAUGAGAAGAGGAAAAUAAACGUACGAACCCGACUGGGUGGAUGGACAGUUCUGUUUUCUUACAUUAAACUUGCAGCUAGUGUUUGCAACCACUUUGGCUUAAAUUAAUACCAGUGUUUUGGGCCAAUAGGGAGCAGUAGGAGCAUGAUUUAUUUUUUUUAAAAAGCCAUGUGACGUCAAUUUUUCACACGCCCAUAAGACGCAAGGUAAAAAGGACAGGUCGAGUGUUCGUUCAUAAGGAAGCUUUGUUGAGCACAACGAUCUGGCAUAUACUGUGAAGCGCUUUGCGACACCUCGAAGCCGUGAAAAGCGCUAUGUCAAAUGCAAGGAUUAUUAUUAUGAUUAUACACUGCACUGACACUGGUGUGAGUUGUCCUGGUUAUAUGUGGUCUGAAAGAGAAUAGACAGCAAACGCUAUUUUAUAAAAGACGUGCAAUUUAUUCAACAUGAGUAUUGUGCAAGUAAUAUGAAAUACAGAGGUCUGCCCAUAACAUGCUAAUAUUAACCAAGCUUGUCUAUGGGAUAUCUUGUUCUGAAUUCAUGGUUAAACGUCCAAUAGCGGACUGAAAUCUGGCGGGGCGAGUCAUAAAAGCUCCCCCGUAAAAUAAUUAAUGUUUCUCUGUUACACAAAUAUUUUUAUUGAAUGAUUAACAUGGAAUCUAAGUGAAUUGAUUAAAUAAAAAUUGAGCGAGCAGCUUUGAUUGAAAUCUUCAA